AUGAAAAUUUUGACCUUUGGUGAAGCUCUGGAGCUCCAAGAAGAGAUCAGCAGAGACGCAGCAGGCCGUUUAAAUAUGCUUGGGCGCCAGAUUCUGAGCCGUGGGUUUGCGCGGACAUACAUUGCACCCAGCCUGGACCAUCUGUCGCGCGGAAAAGGCGUUCCAGGGCUGUUUUCGAGCGAUGGGCUACAGGGCGCGUGGUUUGACCGCGCAGAGCACUACGCGCAGAUGCUAACUGCAGUCGCUCGCAGCGGCGAACAGCGGCCUGUGGCCACGCUGGUGCAGGAACUCGCAACGCAGGGCGGGCGGCGACGCGAGCACAUGUAUGCGACGCUGCUCCAUAAUCUGCGGUUUGCGUUCUCCACACUGCAGGGCUGCGCGCAGCCUGCGCCUACCGCCGCUCCGGCGGCCGCGCUUCUGCAGACGCCGUCGCUGGAGCUGCAGGGCCCCAACGAGCCGCUCGAGGCGGGGUGCACGCGGCUGCAUGCGGCGCUGACACAGUCGUUCGGAUCGAUCGCCGAGUUCCGCACGCUGCUGCUGAACUCGAGUCUUGCGCAGUCAGGCGACGGGUUCACAUGGCUCGUUGCGCGGUGUGCUGGCGACACCGGCGACGCGCUGGCGUACGACAAGCUCUUUGUGUUUAACACGUACAACGCCGGUUCGCCGCACGCCGUGAGCCGCGUCGAGCACUUCAAACGAGUGGUGAAGACCGAGACGGAGCCAAAGCCGAUGGAUGGCACGAAGGAGGCCGUGCAGAACCUGCAGUACAAGGCCACCACGCGGUAUUAUCCGCUUCUAGCGAUUGACGCCUCUCCGAAAUCGUGGUUGCACGACUACGGGGUUUUCGGCAAAGCCGCAUAUCUCGAUCGCGUAUGGGAGUCGACCAACUGGACUGCUGUCGAAUCGAGACUUCCACAGCAGCGCAGCGAGACUUUCAUCUGA